UGGUUCAGGAUGGAAAGAAGGUUAUGACAGCGGUGACUCUUUACUCAGAGCACAGGAGUCUUUCUCAGAAGCUGGAUAGGCUCAUUUCAAAACCUCUUUGUUAUAUUAUUAUUGUUUUUUUUUACAGUGAACAUCGCGCAGUAACUUCACCGGAGUUUAAAUGUGACCUUCACCACAUACAGAUGCUUUUAAACUAUGUAAAGUUUUCACGUUUUCUUUCAGACAUCAUAAAUAUGGCAUCAGUCUGGUUUGUGCUUGUGCUGGGGAUAUAUUUUAAUGCCUGGAUAAAAGUGAUUCAGGCAUCGUGUGCUGGGAUACACACUCCAGCCAAAGUGGUGCUCGCUGGCUCACCCGUGUCGGUGUCCUGCUCCAUCGAGGACGACUGCUUGCUGACCAAAGGCAAAGACUUUCGUGUGGCGUGGAAGAUUAAUAAUGAUUUUGCACCCAGCAAUCUCUCUUACCAGGAGAAUAACAGGAUAUAUGGCCUACGCAUCCCCAGCCUAACACACACAGCAGACAUCAUUUGUCUCGUGUGUGUUUCGGAAGACAACUGCCAAAUAGUCAAUGGAGUGAAUGUAAAAGUGGAUUAUCUUCCACCCAUUCCUCGAAACCUGAGCUGUGUUUUGAAUAUAACGCAGUCAUCCAAACUCCUGUGUCAAUGGGAUCCUGGUGAGAAAACAACCAGCCUUCCUACAAACUAUACUCUUCAUGCAUUGAGGGACAAAUCAGAAAAGACUCAACAUGAGAUCCCGUCUGGACAGCAUUUCUUCUUGAUUCAGCGGGAUUCUUAUAGUGAAUAUUUAGAGUUGGAGGUUUAUGUGACAGCAGUGAAUGUCCUUGGAAAUGUCACGUCUGCUCCUCUGGAACUGAUCCCUAUGGAGACAGCUAAGUUCAACGCUCCAGAGAUUAAGAGGGUUGAAGCGGAUACUCCUGGCUGCUUACAGUACAGCUGGAGUCUUUCACAGUCUUGGGUGGAGUUCACCCUCAUUGUAGAGCUGAGACUGACAACAUUGAACAACCAGCUUGACAAAGAGUUGAUUUCCACUUUCAGUAAACGACAAAGAGACAAAGUAAAAAAAUGUGGCCUCCUUCAUGGGACAAAUUACACCAGCACAAUGCGAGUGAAGUACCGUCCAUCGAGUGAAUGGAGUGAAUGGAGUAAUCCGAAAACAACCAACACACUUAUGAGGGCUCCGGCUGGAAGUUUGGACACAUGGCUUAAAGUGAAUGAUCAGGUCGCACAGCUCUACUGGAAGCCCUCAAAAAAUUUCCGUGCCAAUGGCUGGGAUUUGUCAUACACUGUCGAAUCAAAGGAGACUAAAACGACUUUGUGUGUAACUAAAGAAAGCCACUGCUCUUUCAAUCUCAACAAUUGGAUCAAAAAGGUCUACCUGAGAGCCACGAAUGCAAUGGGGAGCUCCAAUCAUACCCAAGUACCAGUGCAUCGUAAGAAAGGGCUGGACUCUGUGUCUAAUGGCAAUGUGCGUCCCCAGUCGAACACGUCUGUGCUUAUCACGUGGGAAAGCCCUGAGUCCUCCGGUGUCACGGGAUACACGCUCGAGUGGAGAUCUCUGAGUGAGACACCGGCAGAACCCCUGUCCUUCAUUCUGAUGGACAAAAACAGCUCCAGUACCUUAGUAACAG